AUGUCAAGAAAAUCAGUAUUCCUGCUGGCUGCGACAGUUGUUAUGUUGUAUUUCUCGAUAAUUCUGUUUAUGUUGAGUCCACUGCACGGUGCAAAAAGUUCGUAUUAUAUUAAUGUUAACAAUUAUAUGAAUCACUUCGGGUAUCGGCAAACACCACAGGUGCAUUGGUGUAAGGAACUUAAAUGGCGGGUGCCUCCUUCACCUAAGGUCACAGCUUUAGUCUCGUAUCCAGGCAGUGGUAACACUUGGUUGAGGUACUUGUUACAACAGUCUACAGGUAUUGUUACAGGUUCAAUUUACAUGGACUAUGGUCUCAAAGCCCAUGGGUUCCCAGCUGAAAACAUGACAGAUGGGUCUGUCCUAAUAGUGAAAACCCAUGGAGUACCUCCUUUGGACUCCGAAAGCUAUAAAUUUCAUUCUGCUGUAUUGUUAAUUAGGAACCCCCGUGAUGCCAUACUGGCGGACUACAAUCGCCUGUACAAGGGUCACAUUGGCACCGCACCUAAAUAUGUCUUCAAAAAAAGAUCACCCAACAGCAAAAUAUCAGAUUGGGCGGCGCACGUGUACCAACAGUUGAGGGACUGGGAGGGUCUGCACUACAAGUGGCUGUCGCAGUUCCCGGGCGCCAUACACAUUGUGUUCUAUGAGGUCCUGGUACGCGAGACGAGAAAAGAGCUGAAUAAGAUACUACAGUUUCUCAACUAUACUGUCUCGGAGGAAGACAUGAAUUGUGCAAUGUUAAACAAAGAAGGAAUAUACAGGCGAAAGAAAAAAUUUCAAGACUUCGAUCCUUACACCAAAGAUAUGUACAAAGGGCUAGAUAAAAUCCGCCAAAGAAUACUUAGAUUAAUUAAUGUGUAUCAGAAGAAAAAUAACGUUACUUUUGUCGGACUGAAGGGUUAUUUGUAAUAGGUAAAUGUAAAUGUAAUGUACUUGCUCAGGUGUAAGUUUUAUUUUUACGUAAACCCUGGGACACAGGGCGUCGCAGCCGAAAAUGAAAACAGGAACAAGCAAAGAUAACAGAUAAAAAAUUGCGUUGUAUUGUCAUGGUUCGAAGUACCGGAUACUCGUGAAACUGUUUUGUAUUUAGAAUUAAGUAGAUGUUCUUGUUACGCAUAUCAUGUAAAAUUAAUUAAAAAAUAUGUGCUGAUUUCUCCAUUUCAUGUCGGCUAACACAAUCGCCGAACUCGGGACAUAUGCCGACGCGAAUGCAUGCGCUUUUAUUUGCCGCAAUGAAAAACCAGCAAUGUAUACUGUAAUCCGCAAAAUUCGGCGAAAUAGUCUGCGAUAGUGUGGAGCCGGUGUCAGAUACUAUUCAAUGUUUUUGCUCAUCUUUAUUAUUGGUGGUGUUACCCCGUGUCUAUAGAUUUAUGCCUUUGAUUGCGUGUCCCAUGCUGGCUAGUGGAACAUGUAUGCAGACUAUGUUUUAUGAUAACCCUCGAUAUUUAUAUACAUAUAUUUGUUUUGUUAUUUUUGACUGUUAAGUCUUGUUUGUCGUUGUUAUUAUGGGCCUAAAUACGUACUUAGCUUAUAUCGUUUACCUACCUCAUACACUAGUCUAAUCGAUACUAGUCUAAUUUAUCUUCAAUACUAGUUUCAAUUGCAUUGUUAUUAUGUGAAUCUUCCUAAUAUUGAUUCCUAUAAUUUCUUCGAGGAGAAACACAUUUAUACGUAUUACGUAGUAUAAUUAGCUAAUUUGAAUAUUGUUAAUAUUCUUUUCUUAUGUUUAAACUAAGACAAUGUUUGCAAAACUUUGCUCACCUGAUUUUUUAUACGUAAAAAAUUAUACCUUUUAUAAUAUUUGGCCUAGUAAAAUCCGUGAUAAUUAUGUAUCAUCGAAAAAAUGUUCAAAAUAUAGUUUAUUUAUUAUUAGUGGUAAUCUAUGGCGUACUAAGUUAUUGAGACUAGAAAUCCGAUUGUCACGCAAUAAAAAAAACAUUAAUAUCUCGAUUAUUUCAAGGUUUCAUUCGCAGAAAACCAAAUUAAGUACAAUCGAAAAUAUCGAACGAUCGAACUUUUUAUAUUGCGGAUAAAAUUAGAAUAAAAGAAUCGUUAAUUCGCAUAAAACAUGAUACAAAUCGGUGAAAUGAACUCUAUUGCGUGAGAAUCGUCAUCCAAUUAUUAUUACAUUAAAGUCUUGCAUUGUAUAAUAUCACUGUUUACUGUGAGCACAUCUGUUCUGUGGUAUAAUUUUAUUUAAUAAAAAAAA